UUUAAAGAGGGUAUUUUAGGAAAAUCAAGUUAUCCUCAGUAUGUAAACAUGAUAAGAAGCAAGAAAUAUCAGAAGCAGAAGGCUAAAAUGGCUAUGGCGAGAGCCCUCCUCUCAUCUCCGCAUCUUCUUCUCUGUUCUCAAAGCAGAGAAGCCUUGGCAUCUAAGCGGAAUGGCCUUUGCCCAUCAAGCAGAUUGCUCGGCACUAGGAAUUUUGUUUCCAGAGGUACUCACAGUCACGGAAGUUUUGCCCCCAUUGCUUCUAUGCUUGAAAGAAAGGCUGAGAAAAGAAAGACUGUCAUCCCUGAUCCAGAUUUUCGAAUUCCCAUUGUCUUACUUGGCUUAGCAGGUGGGUUUGUGUACCAAGACAAGCUGCUUCCAGCUGCUAUAACAGGCUUACUUGGAUUACUUCUGCUACUCCAGGCAACCAGAGUGAGAUUUGUCUUUGAUGAGGAGGCCCUGGAAGUAAGAAUUGGAGAACAACUUCAAGAGUCAGGUGAAAAUGUGUUUGUUGGCGGGAAGAACCGUUGGAAGUAUUCAACAUUUGUGAACUGGGAGCUUUGGUGGCCUAAUUUUCCUAUUUUAGUGUACUUCAAGGAGACGCAGACAAAACCAGAAGGACAGAUUCACUUCUUUCCAAAUGGAAAACAGUUAUAUAAUGUUAUGCUGGAGCGAGCUGGACCAUCGAAGACUAGUUUGCCCAAAUAGUUCUAAUUGAAAGCACAGACAAUAUGCACUGGAGCUCAGCCAAUUUUUGUUUGUCUUGCUGAAUUUUAAGUACAGCCUGGCCUUUUAUUAUCCGAACUGGUCAGAUGAUCCUCUGAUGAAUUUUAAUUUUAAAAUAUUAGCAAUUUCUCUAUUGAAUUCUGAUAUGUCCUGCUGCAGAAAAAGCUCAAUAAUGGUGAUUAUAAUCUUUCUGAUUGCCUUCAGUUCAUUAUUUCUUUCAUUCAUAUAGAAUUAUGUAUAAUUACGAUCCAGAUGUAUUGUGGAAUGAACGGUUUUAUUAUUUGAUUUAAUUUUAUUUGACA